AGAGAGAGAGAGAGAAGGGAAAAAGCACAUGAAUUUGAACUCGAAAUCUCUACCGUGUCACUUUUUCGUUCUUCCGGUCUUCAGAUUGCUCUAUAAUGUUCCUUCGAAUUUGAACUGAAAUCGUCUCUCUCUCUCUCUGGAAUUCACAGUUUUUUUGGGAAAAAGAUUACUGGUGUGUUUAGGGAAUUUGGUGCCGGUGUUGUGUGGAGAUUUGAUGCGCGGUGUAGGAAGUGAUUAAGAUCGGCGGCGAUGGCGGAGGUUUCUGGCGAGGGCAGUGCUGGCAUGUCGGCGGAGCUGAUUUCCGGAGAGACCAGCGGCAAUGCGCCUGUGGCGGCACCGCUGGCGGUGUCGGCGUCGUUCAGGGAGGGGGGAAAGGGCGGGAGGAGGAGGGCGUCCGUACGGCCAAGCCUGGAUGCUGAUGAUUUUAUAAACCUGCUUCACGGUUCGGAUCCGGUGAAGUUGGAGCUCAAUCGACUGGAGAACGAAGUCAGAGAUAAGGAGAGGGAAUUGGGGGAAGCGCAGUCGCAGAUCAAGGCCUUGAAGUUAUCCGAGAGGCUUCGUGAAAAAGCUGUUGAAGAGCUCACUGAUGAGUUGGGAAAGAUGGAGGAGAAGCUCAAAUUGACAGAAUCUCUUUUAGAAAGCAAGAAUCUUGAAAUUAAGAGAAUUAACGAUGAAAAGAAGGCCUCCAUGGCAGCCCAAUUUGCAGCAGAAGCUACUCUACGGAGGGUUCAUGCUGCUCAAAAGGAUGAUGACAUGCCUCCUAUUGAAGCUAUCCUGGCUCCAUUGGAGGCUGAACUCAAACUUGCUCGGCAGGAGAUUGCAAAGUUGCAGGAUGAUAACAAAGCACUGGACCGGCUCACAAAAUCAAAAGAGGCUGCCUUACUAGAAGCCGAAAGAACUGUACAGGCAGCACUGGCCAAAGCUUCUAUGGUUGAUGAUCUUCAAAACAAGAACCAAGAAUUGAUGAAGCAGAUAGAAAUUUGUCAGGAAGAGAAUAAGAUAUUAGAUAAAAUGCAUCGACAAAAGGUUGCGGAGGUUGAGAAGCUUACUCAAACAGUUCGUGAGCUUGAAGAGGCUGUCCUUGCUGGUGGUGCUGCUGCCAAUGCUGUACGUGACUAUCAGCGGAAAGUUCAGGAGUUGAAUGAGGAAAGAAAAACCCUCGACAGGGAAUUAGCUCGUGCCAAAGUGACGGCAAAUAGGGUUGCAACUGUGGUAGCUAAUGAAUGGAAAGAUGCUAAUGACAAGGUUAUGCCUGUGAAACAAUGGCUAGAAGAAAGAAGAUUCUUGCAGGGUGAAAUGCAACAGCUCAGGGACAAGCUUGCUAUAACCGAUAGAGCUGCGAAAUCUGAAGCCCAAUUGAAAGAAAAGUAUCAACUACGUCUGAAAGUUCUUGAAGAAACAUUGAGGUCACCGAAUCCAACAACUCGGGUAACUGCAGAUGGAAGAAGCACAAGCAAUGGCACUGCACGACGCCAGUCACUUGGUGGAGCUGAUAACAUUUCCAAAUUGACAUCCAAUGGAUUUUUACCUAAGCGAUCACCAUCAUUUCAAUUGAGAUCUUCUGGUAGCAGUACAGUGUUGAAGCAUGCAAAGGGAACAUCAAAGUCCUUCGAUGGUGGUUCACGGUCUUCAGAGAGAAGCAAAGUUCUCUUGAAUGGAUUAGGGCCAAAUUUUAAGCAAAGCCAGUCUUGUGAUGGAACUAAAGAAACUGAGACACAAAAUAGUACGUGGAAAGCAGCUCCGGAGGAAAAAAACAAUGAUAUACAAGUCACCGAGAGAGAUGACACUGUGCCUGGGCUUCUAUAUGAUCUGUUGCAAAAAGAAGUGGUUGCCUUGAGGAAAGCAGGCCAUGAAAAAGAUCAGAGCCUUAAAGAUAAGGAUGAUGCAAUUGAGAUGUUAGCAAAGAAGGUAGAGACUUUAACUAAAGCAAUGGAAGUUGAGGCGAAAAAGAUGAGAAGGGAGGUUGCUGCCAUGGAGAAGGAGGUGGCUGCAAUGCGUGUCGACAAGGAACAUGAAAAUCGGGCCAAAAGACUUGGGAAUUCGAGGAGUUCAGUUAACACUGCUCAGUUGCAACCAGGAAGAAGUGUAUCGAGAAGUGGAUUGACGCGCAGCACUCAAUAACAACAACAGAUAACACCCGUGUCGCCUGCCCGGUGGAACUGCUCCGUAUAAAUCCUUGUUUGUCUCGUGUCCUUUUUUACACUUGUGAUUUUAUAUGUUUACCCCCCUGUUCACUGUUUGUAUGGUCGAAAACAAGCACGAGAAGAACAAAUCUACCCUACUCUACUGUGGAAAGACGACAAAAAUCAAAAUCUCACCGGUGUGCUUCGCUUUCUGACUUAGACUGUAAUCGAACUCCCUCUGCUUAGUGAUCAUGGUCAGCAUGAACAUGAAGGAUAUCAAAUCCGAGCUAACCUUUUGGCAGAUACAUUUGGAGUGGCAGUAUGAUGAAUUUGUCGAUGUUGUAUAGGUACUAGCUUCGUCCUCGUCUUUGUCGGUUUUUUUAUCUAUCUAUCUAUCUAUCUAUCUAUAUAUAUCUAUCCUCCCCCUUGGCCUCCCUCCUACAACAUUCUGUGUUUGUUUGCAGUCGAUAUUUUUAAAUCUGCAGGUGUUAGCGUGAUUGAUUGAUUUCUAUCUCUGAUGUUUUUUGUUGUUGAUAUAUUUUUGUUCUCUAUCAGAUAUAUGAAUAUGAAUGAUGAGAUGAUUUUGUUUCC